UGUUGAAGAUGGCAGCGGACUGCCUAAGCGAUCUUUUCACAGCACGGAUUCUGCCAAGCCGACCGGACAGACAGAGCAAGCUCGCACCGAUAAUCAUUUCAACCGCUGAUGUGCAGCGUCCGGCACCCGCUUGGGACCGUCGCCGCCAGUGAGUUUGCAAAUUUUAAGAGGUCCCGGUUGACCUGCUGCUAUGGAUUCCUUCAACUUUGAAGAUGACAUCAGCAUUCUGACACAAGACGGGCAGCAGGAGGAUGUGGAGUGGGCUGAUGCACCCAACACCGAUCUCACAGGCGAGGAAUACUCCGCAUCCCACUUUGCCCUCAUCACCGCCUACAACGAUAUUAAGCAGAGAUUGAUUGGCAUGGAAAGAGACAACUCCACCUUGAAGAGGAAGCUCAGACAAUAUGAUCUCAAGUUUUCCUUGUCAAAUGAAUUUGCAGAUGAUAGGAAGUCGCCCCAAAGCUUGCUUGAUGUUACGUUGCUGAGAAACGAGAACAGCCGGCUGAGGGAGCAACUGGAGCACUUCAGAAAUCAGCUUCGAGACAGUAAAGAAAGGGAGGAUCACCUGGAUGAGGUCAUUCAAGCUUACGAGAAAAUCCGUUCUGAGAAAGAUGACCUACAUCAGCAGCUGGAAGAAAUGACGGUCCUGGCCGAGGAUCAUGUUGCCACGAUUCGGAGUUUGGAACAGGCCCUGAGGCUGAGGGACAGUUCAGUUCAGAUGCUCAAUGACCAGCUCCAGGCGAAAAAUGAGCAAAUUAUACAGCUGAGCCCAACGCGUGGAUGCCAUUAUGGGCUGGAGAGCCCGAGGCGGCAACAGAACUGCAGGGUGGUGGAUCCUCAACUGGACGAGCUGGAAGCUCAAAGGCUACAGGAGAAGGUCGAUGAACUCCAGAGGGUGCUGCACAGUUGCCAGUGGCGGGAGAGACAGUACAAAGAGGAGUGCGACCGCUUACAGUCCCAGCUGAGCCAGCAGAGUCUGCAGGAAAGCUGCACGCAGGAACUGACCUGUGACCCCAAUGACAUGGAGUGGAUAAAGAGUACAGAAGAAGAGCAGGAAAAGCUGGCACUUGCUUACACUGAGCUGGCCCAAGAACUCUGCCAGCUGCGCAGUCUGACCGAGGCUCAGACCGAGAUCCUGAGGAGGCUUUCAGAGGAAGAGCUGACUAAUAAUGCCCGUCCCCAACUCUCUGUCCAUAUGAGGCAAGUCGCCUACUCCAGCUACCCCAGGAGUACCAGCCAUCGUCUCCGCGCUAACUUUCAAGGGCGCCGUAGCUACUCUGAAGCCAGCGAUGCAAAAGUGGAAAACCAUACAAUGCCAUCUCGGCUGACAGCAGAUGACCAAUCCUCACCAACGCACAGCCGUUACCUCGCCAGUGAUUACCUUAAGGUGCCUGAUGGCACAGACGAUGGCCCCUUUGAUCAACCGUUAGAGUCUGAUGAUGAGGAUUGGAUGACCCAUAGUCCUCCCGGAACUUUGGACAGGGGAAUGAGGAGCACUUCUUCCUGCACAGCGCUCCCCAUCCCAGACAUUGCCAUGAAUAGGAGUUCUACCGAAUAUUCCAGAUCGGAGCACGCCCAGUCGUGGCCUUCCAUCAAUCUUUGGAUGGAAACAGGAGACUCGGACAUCAGGAGCUGCCCGCUGUGUCAGUUGGCCUUUCCCCUCAACUACCCAGAUGACGCCCUCAUAAAACACAUUGAUACCCAUUUGGAAAACAGCAAGAUCUGAUAGCUAUGCUCCUCACUAAGUCAUGGAAGGAUUGAAGAAAACGACGAAGCAAACAAGUGGCUUGAAAACUGAUGCAAGAUAGCUUUUGUUACAGAACGAAAAAAAAAUCAAACUUUCUACUCACUAACCUGUUUUUUUCCCGUUGGGGUUGGACGGAGAUGAUGAUUAAUCUUGGAUGAACCUAAGAAGAAAAUAGAAAUACUGACUGAACACUCUGCCAAAUUUGAGGAAAGAAGAUGAAAACCUUUGAUCAGUUGCUGUUAAACAUGACAAAUGAUAUGUCUUCCAGUGCAAUCAGUUUACUUCCAGAAGCAAAAUACUUGAACCUUGAUCAGUAUGGAUUUGGUGAUGCUGGAAUGAAUAACUGGAGAACUGAAGAUGUCCCAAUGCAUAAUGAAGAGAGACAACAGAAGGGUGUUGAAGUAAAAUUGGGAAGCCCAUAGUUUAACAGUGUAGAUUGCAUUGGUAUUUGCAUUAUCAGAACAGUUUUUCUGUGGAGUACAGUGAUACCAGUACAGUUGGCUUCUAAUGACUGAAGUAUUCCAAGAAUAUAAUUGUUGUUGAGGAGAGGGGAGAUGCAGAAUAUAACUGAUAGAUUGACAUUGGGAAAAAGCAGUCCAUAUGUCUAAAUGACAAAUGUGCCAAGGGCUUGGCAAUAGGGCGAAUUGGCCUACUUUAUAUAUCCCAUUGACUCCAAGUUGAGAAUUCUAUUUAUGGUAUUGCACACCUUGGUGUACCACAGUAGAAAAUAAAACAAAUUUAACU